CUUGACUAAAACGAAAAAACAAAGAAGAAGAAGAAGAAUGCGCAUCAGAAGAAGAAAGAGGAAGUGUUUGGUUGUUCCUAUUUAGUUAAGUAGCGACGAUUCUCUGGCUUUUUUGGCCUUACAAAUAUCAGAAUCCACACAAUUUCACCAUGAACCUGGAACGAGUGCCCAAUGAGGAGAAACUCGGCCUAUGCCGCAAAUAUUAUUUAGCUGGCUUUGCUUUUCUACCAUUCUUGUGGCUGGUGAAUGUUGUUUGGUUCUUUAAAGAGGCAUUUUUAAAGCCUGUGUACACUGAACAGCUCCAGAUCCAAACAUAUGUGAAGCGGUCAGGACUGGGGCUGCUGUUUUGGGUCACAGUGCUCACCACGUGGAUUACAAUUUUCCAGCACUACAGAGCAGAGUGGGGGGAGGUGGGAGAUUACCUGUCCUUUACAAUUCCUCUGGGCAUUCCUUAAAACAUUUUUGUCAAAUAACUAAUGAUCCAUUAUAAUGGACCAAGGAAUUUUCUCUUCUUUAACAGUGAAAUAUUCUGAUGAUUUGUCUGGUCUCCGGAGAGAGAUGUAAUGGCUGAAUCAUGUUAACAAAAUCAAUCCAACUAUGUCUUUAAAAUAUAAAUACCGUAGGAUUCAAAGUCAGUUUUUUGUGCUUGCCAGGCAUUUGACAACAUUCUUUGGGUUAUUUUUUUCAAGUGAGCUCACUAAUAUCUUUUCUUGUUUUAUAGUGGAGUUUAAUGUCUGUGUGUGUUUGUGAAACCCAAACAAUUUUUACUUGUGUAUGAAAUGAUAAAUAAAAACAAAAGUCCA